AAGAAGGCUGCUUUUCGCCAACCUACCUUAUUGUUUAUAUUAUAUAUUGUAGCUUAACAUAUUGAUGUUCCAAAUAUCCAAAAUAAUUUGUACUAAUUUCCGCAUGUUUGCGUAAAAUUUCCCACAACAGGCAACACCGACGCGCAGCCAUCAUGCGCCAAACCCCGAUCGAUAUCGCCGACAAAACAAAUGAACGUCAAACGGAGAACACAAUUCCAAAUUUAAAAUUCUUACAACCGUUUAAACCAAGUUCUGAAUUUGAAAACAAUGACGGCCAUAAUGGAUGAUGAUAAGUUCACGGAUGAAUUGUUAAGAAUGAUGGACGCGGAGUCGCAUUUUGAGAUGGAUGAGCUGUCGGAGUCCGAUUCUAUGUUUGGUUGUGAGAGCUCCGAAGACGAACAAGACAACGACAACGACCCAGCCGACGGCGACGAAGGUGUCUCCGAGUCCCUGUCCAAGAAGAAUUCCGACUUCAAGUGGACCUCCGACAGGUUCGAGCCCAACGUCGUCCUUUUCAUAGAGACCCCCUUCGAGACCGACCCAAUACUCAUGUUCCAAGAAACGAAGGAAAUAGAUUACUUCCUACACUACUUUGACCCAGACAUUAUGCUUCAAAUCGUCCAAAGCAUCAAUCAAACUUACAGAGAAUAUAUCGAUGACCAGGAAUCCAGCUCGCAUUUGAAGAAAUGGAACGAUUUAACAGUGCCGGAAUUCUAUAUAUUCCUCACCUUGUGUAUGCUGAUGACGCGGAAUAAAAGAACUAGGCUGGAUGAACAUUGGUCGACGGAUCAUCUCUUGUACUCUCCGAUAUUUGGUACUCUGAUGAACCGCACGAGAUUCUCAACAUUACUCUAUCUACUCCGCAAACCAACGAUGUCCACAGAUGUCAACAUCAUCGACAUCUUAAUACAUCAUGCGCGAGCGAAAUUUAAAACAGUCGUCACAUGUCCGUCUAAGAAUCUCUCUGUGAACGAAACUAUUGUACCUUUCAAAGGGGUCAUGACUCGCCAUGACAUGAAGAAGACAGGAAUAAAACUCUUCAUGCUUAGAGACUUGAAAACCAAUAUAAUACAUGACUUUACGCUUUAUUUUGGCGGAGAGAAAACAGAUCAGUUUAUAAUGAAUGGAUUGAGGGCAACAGAAACGGUGAUCGCGAGUUUGUUAAAGGAUUAUUACAAUACCUAUAGACACUUGUAUGUUGAUGAGCGAUAUACAAGUCCAAGGCUAUUCAAAUUUCUGUAUGAGAAUGGUAUUUACGCUUGUGGGAAAACAACUCAGAAGAAACCUGGAAUGCCUAAUUUCAUAAAGAACUUGAAACAGUACGAAGUUUCCGUUGGCUACUGUCCACCACUCACCGCCAUCCAAUGGCAUAGUCACAGACAUUACACAUACAUCCUAACCACCGUCCAUAACGAUGGAAUGCUCCCUUUAAAGAAGAGAGACAAAACGACAGGGAACUUCAUAAACAAACCAAAGGCAUCCAUAGACUAUUCAAAGAUCAUGAACAUGAAUUUUGCCGAUAACUCCGAAUUCAUGAUGUCGACGCACCGGAGUCUAUGCCCACUUCACUGGCAUAAGAAACUCCUAUUCCACGUCGUGGAUAUGCAUUCGCUGAACGCUUUCAACUGCUGGAGAAUGACUAAAGACCCGUAUAACAGGACGUCCUACGCUACGUUCCAACUGCGGCUUAUAAGACAACUGAUUGAAACGUACAACAGCAGUACUAUAAGCAUAGAUCGACCAGUGAAAAGGAACAUUAAUAACUCUGUCAACACUUUGCCCGCAGCGGCAGCGCAGCAUAUGCCGACCAAGGCAGAUAAGUACCAACGCUGCAAGGUCUGCUCGAAGCAGAAGAAACGAAGGGAUACUAAACUAAUGUGCGCUAUAUGCCAGGUAUAUCUAUGUGCUUGUCCGUGCUUUCAAAUAUUCCAUCAGGGCUCUACAACGGAGACAGAAGCAUUUUCGUAAGGUUAUAAGGUUUAUUGUGUAGUCUCUCUCGCACUUACUUGUUUUAGAAAGAUAUAGAUGUGCUUUGUAAAUUUAACUAGGCAUUCUCUACCGCUUAACUCAGACAACGGUGUGGUUAAAGGUUUGGCUGCAUGCGACUGAUUUGUGUUAUGCUAAGUACGUAAUAAUUAAACACUUAAGCUAGAUUUGGUUCCAAUCUAAGCUAACUUCUAUUAGAAAACUACCUUGCUACCUAUUGGAGUUAAGUGGUAGGGCUUUAGCAUGUCCGCUUUUAAGUGCGAGUCGACUUAAUUUUAAACAUGGCGAUUUGGAGACGGUGAUAAUUUUGGUCUGCAAAAAUUUUCCUUCGUCGCCAAUUUUAUUGUACUUUAAGGUCAACGUGGAGAAGACCGUCUAUAAGCUCUUUCGUCGCUUCUAACUCUUGCGUUUUUACGAGUACACAUACUGAACUUACAGAAGGUCGGAAGAGCAGAAGGAGCGCAGCUCACAGUUAGAAAACUGUGUCUUAGCGAAGAAUGUAUACAAAUAUUUGUUUGGUUUCUUCACCGAAAAAUGUAUAUGCCGGUCUUAUCCAAAUUGACCUUAUGUGACAUAAUUUACGUAACGGGCUAGGCUGGGAGCGAUAGGCGUAAUUUAAGGCGGUCACAUUGGAUGCAGAUCUUCACGCUGCUCCGCUUUGUGAGAGGGACAUCACUAUAUACGUCCAUAGCGCCAGUGGCGGGGCAAGGUACAUUUAGGGACAACACAACACACAAGAGCGUUGAGCGGAGCGUUGUGCGGGUCCGCAGUGUGAUAACCGCGUAACGAUAUUAUAUGGAACAGAGUGAGACUGACUUGGAUGUAGAUAUUGGAUGAGAAACGACGGUUUUAGCCCCUUUCGUUCUCAUGUAUCUCAUUAAACGAAUAAUUGCAAUUACUCAUAAAACUCAUAUUUAUAUUUGUUGAAAUGUUCAAUAAGUUUUACUUUUUUAAGUCGUUUGUUAAUAGAAAAUUGUUAUAUUUGUUAAUAUUUAUUGUUAUAAUUUAUCAAUCAUUAUGAGAAUUUACUUAGCUGUUUUGUUAAAAUCUCUAUUACUCAUAUAAGUGUGGUAGUUGCAUAGCGACAAAUACUUUACAUUAAGUUGAAAAUUAAUUCAUAACAUAUCGGUUGGCAACUUUGUCAAUUUUGUUUAGGAAUGGAAGCAUUGACGUAAGGACGGGCUUUAAGGGGCCCACUGAUUGACAGUCCGCCGGACGGUAUCGGCCUGUCAGAAUAAAAAGUUGGCAGUUCCGAACAACUGACAGGCCGAUGCCGUCCGGUGGACUGUUAAUCAAUUGGCCUCUUUACGGGCAAUAAGAAUGGGGCCAGCACAGCAGUGUCACACACACGAAUUCGAGCCAAUCGUGCAGUCUAACGCCACAAAGCGAUUGGUUAAUGAGUUCGCAUCACGCGUGCGAUUGGUCGCAACUAGUUACGUUAGACCGCACGAUUGGCUCGAAUUCGUAAGUGACACCACUGAACUAGCACCAUUCUUAGUGCAGGUAAAGCCCCUCCUUAAAUAUAUGUUAAUGAAUGUAUCGAAUACUGCAUGCAAGUUCUUGAAGCGUCUAAAUGGCGCUUUAGAUAAAUUGGUCUGUGAACUGAUUUUGAUUAAGUGAACUAUAUGUUUGGAUUGGAAUAUUAUCUCUCAACAAAAAUGCUUUAGAUACACUAAGGAUUACUGUAAUAUUAUAAAUAAUCUGCAGCAUUUUAUAAUUUGAUGCUGACUGAAUUAUGAAUGUCUAGUCAUAUGCAUUCAUUCGUCACAGCUACAGUGAAUUUUAGCUCUUGCCAUUUUAAAACGGAUGUCUGAAUAAUAUUAAGAACAUUGAACACAAAUUGCAACUAAGGGCGUUGCCAGCUGAUGGGCUAAGGGGGCAGGUCAUAUGGAAAUGGCUAAGGGGAGGGGUAUUUAUUCUCUACAGUAGUAGGGCAGCUGCCCCCCAUUUGCGACGCCCUUCACUACAAUAUCCAAUACCAGUUUGUUUAAUCAUACUCAUAAUAGAAAUACAGAAUUCGUGUACUAA